CAUUUAAGAGGGGAAAUGAGUUUUCAGUUAUGCAGCUGGGCUUUUAUAGAGGGAAAUUAUUCUAUUAUUCUUUGUGACAAGCAGCUCUUGUUUACGUGGCCCUUGGGAGAGCCUUAUAGUAGUAGGGUUCUGGUUUUUCUUUUUUCUUGGCACGGCUCCAGCACAAAAAAGGUGGACUUUGAGACUAUUUACAAAGAUGUGAAAAGUGCUACCUGCCCAAAGAUGUGGCAGCCCAGGAGACGACAUUCUGUAGCAACUAACUCCCUGUCUGAGCAUGCCAAGGACAUAAAAAAAAUCUGGAGCUGGCCCACCAAAAGCUUUCUUUUUCCUACAAAAUAUUAUCAUCAUGUUUUCCCAUACAGCAGUACUCACAAGGAUCCCCCCCAUCACUCUUACAUAAUGGUUGAGCAGUUCUCGGGAACCUGGAAACUCAUCUCUAGUGAAAAUUUUGAUGAAUAUAUGAAAGAACUGGGAGUAGGUUUUGCCCAAAGGAAACUGGCCAGCCUAGCCAAACCCACCAUGAUCAUCACCACAGACAAAGAUGUAGCCACCAUCAGAACAGAGACUGUCUUUAAAGUUACUGAGAUUUCCUUCAAGCUAGACCAAGAGUUUGAGGAAAUAACAGUGGAUAACAGGCAUGCCAAGAGCAUUAUAACAAGAGAGAAUGGCACUCUGAUUCAAGUGCAGAAGUGGAAUGGCAAAGAGACUACCAUCAAAAGAAAAAUAGCAGAUGGAACUAUGGUGUUGGAAUAUACCAUGAAUGACAUCAUUUGUACCAGAGUCUAUGGAAGAGUGUGAAGACAUUAUCUUUCCAUUUCAGCUUGUUUUACCUACGGCAUAUUAGUUUAGUGUUACAAAAAUGAACACAGCACUUAUGUGGAAAUGAAAUAAAUAAUUUCCAGGAA